AUGGCCGACGAGCAAGAUGGACGCGACGAUAGCCCGGCUCAGGUCGAGGACUCGGCGCCCGAUCUGCGCAUUUUGGGUGACCGUAUCACUUUACAGCCCAGCGGCUUUGUGGCGCCCUCCAAGGGUAGCCUAGGUGAUGAGAAGGAGGAGGCUCUGAUGAAGAACAUGGCGCGCUUUCGCUCCGAGCCGCUACAAUUCCUCCGCGAAGUCUCCCUCUACGUCUCGGGCACAGGCUGGCGCGCCUACGACGAUGUCAUCGGCCAGCCCGUCUUCUACCCAGGCUAUACCGAACACAUCAAGUCUCAGGUUAUGUCGGCGACCCUAUUGCAGGCCAAAAUCGCACAACUGGCAGAAAUGCGCCUGGCAGUCGAGGAAAAGCAGGGGCUACUCAACAAAAAUGACAGAAACUUCGAAACCAAGCGCAACCAGCGUCGCUCUGUACUCGUCCAGAGUCUCCAAGAGGUUGCAGAGCAGCUCACGGACAACAUGGUGUGCAAGAUGGAGAGCAAGACCUUCAUCAGAGGUGCUUACUACAUGGUCACUCAACUGUUGUUGAGGGCCUACCAUCAAGGCAUCCACGUCUCGAGCGAAGAGGUGCUGAGGUUGCGCAAUGUGGCUCGGGAAGCGGAGAAGAAAGGACAGAGCAUCAUCUUUUUACCAUGCCAUCGAUCGCAUGUCGAUUAUGUGGCUUCGCAGUUGCUCUGCUACAGACUCGGCUUGACAAUGCCUGUCGUUGUUGCUGGUGACAACUUGAACUUUCCGCUGGUAGGAAACUUCUUGCAACAUGCCGGCGCCAUGUUUAUCCGUCGUUCCUUUGGCGAUGACCAACUCUAUACAACUCUGGUACAAGCCUACAUUGAUGUUCUUCUCCAGGGCGGUUACAACUUUGAAUGCUUCAUCGAAGGCGGUCGUUCACGUACGGGCAAGCUGCUCCCGCCCAAGUUCGGCAUUCUCAGCUUUAUCCUCGACAGUAUCCUAUCCGGUCGCGUCCAAGACACCGUCAUCUGCCCCGUAUCAUACCAAUACGACAAGGUGGUGGAAACAGAGGGCUACGUGACCGAGCUGCUGGGCGUACCCAAGAAGAAGGAAAACCUGGCUGACUUCCUCAGUGGCGGAUCAAGUGUGUUGUCACUGCGCCUCGGCAGGGUUGAUGUGCGUUUCCAUGAGCCAUGGAGCCUCCGGGGGUUCAUUGAUGAACAGGUUAUCAGGCUGUCCAAGGUACCAUCUAGCAUUAACUGGAAAGACAUGAAGAACCCCAUUGUGCGGCAGAAGCUGCUCCGAACCCUUGGGUACAAGGUCUUGGCGGAUAUCAACGACGUCUCGGUGGUGAUGCCGACCGCCUUGAUCGGUACCGUUUUACUUACCCUACGCGGCCGUGGUGUUGGCCGUGCUGAACUGAUCCGCCGUGUUGAGUGGUUGACGGCCCGCGUCCGAGCCAAGGGUGGACGUGUCGCCCAUUUUGGAAACACGCCGGUGUCAGACGUGAUUGAACGUGGUCUGGAGGUUCUCGGAAAGGACUUGGUUGGCGUGGCCGAGGGUCUGGCGGAAACUACUUACUACGCCGUUGACCGGUUCCAGCUCUCCUUCUACCGAAACAUGACUAUCCACCUGUUCAUCUCCGAAGCGCUAGUUGCUGCGGCUCUCUAUACGCGCGUCAAGCGUGGUGGCGGACCGGCAAUCCAGGACAUCCCGUACCAAGACCUGCACAACCAAGUACUAUUCCUGUCGUCGCUGUUCCGCGGCGAAUUCAUCUACUCGGGCGAGGGCUUGGCUGUCAACUUGGAGAAGACGCUCAUGGGGCUAGAGGCGGAUAAUGUCGUCUUUCUAGAAAGAGAUGAGCUCACAGGCGCGAUCACCAAGGUCGGGCUGUCGGAUGCCGAGCGCGCGGCGGGCAGAGAGAACUACGAUUUUUACUGCUUUCUCAUUUGGCCCUUCAUCGAGGCAAGCUGGCUUGCUUCAGUGUCGAUUAUGGGGUUGACGCCUCCGUUGGGGCAGAAGGAUGAUAUCUGGAUUCAGUUUUCAAAGGCACAGGAAAGUGCACAACUACUCGGCAAAACCCUCUACCACCAAGGCGACCUCUCCUACUUUGAAGCCGUCAACAAAGAAACGCUCAAGAACUCGUAUCAGCGCUUUGAAGAAGAAGGCAUCAUCCAAGUCGUCAAGUCCAAAGACCCCAAGGUGCCUCCGCGCAUGCGUCUUGCACCCGAAUGGCGGCCCGCCAGAGACGAGAUCUCGGGCGUUCUCAUUGCCUCCGGACGUCUGUGGGAUUUCACCGAGAAGAUCGCGUCCAGCAGGCGAGAAGGCAAGAACAGACGUGAUGGCGCCACGGUGAGUACCAGAGUGGUCAGGUUGACGGACGAUUUGGGCCAGAAGCUGUUUGAGGAAGCGAUUGCGGGUACGGAUGGUAGCAAGAAGGGGAAAGGAAAGGGCAAAGGAAAGGGCAAGGGAGCGGCACCGGCGAGGUUGAGUAGGGAAGAGGAAAAGAUCUUGACGGCGGAUUUGAAGGAGAGUAAGAGGAGGAGGACCCUGGAGAAUCGGGCGCACUUGUGAGGGAGGGUUGGUGGAGGGUUUGGGGAAUUAUGAUACAAUACAUGACGAGGAAAUAACAGAGAGCUCAUGCAUAAUCGAAAUAAUAAUUCUGAGACUAG